GCGCUUUAUCUUCGGAAUGAUCCAUAUGAGACUUCGGAUGCGGUCUUUGGAGUCAAGGAUUCUCUGGUAGUGGAUAUCGGGAAGGCAGGUCCGGAGUAUGCGAAGAAGUAUGGUGUUUCGGAGGACCAUGCUCUCCUUACCUACGACUUUGUCUUGGUUUCUGAUUCCGAAACCAACGCUUUGCGCGAGCAGAACUCCAAGGUGGCGCUGGAUAAACUGGGCCGCAAGGUGAAGAUAGUGAACGGUUUGCCUGUGCCGGAUCUGGAUUAG